CUAAAUCCUUUCCACAAGAUUCCUACCUUGUCUGACGAUGGCUUCAUUGUGUACGAAAGUUCGGCUAUAUGCUACUACCUGCUAAGAAAGCACGCACCCGAGAGCGAGCUCUACCCAGACUGCCCCAGGGUCCGCGCACAUAUCGACCAAGCUCUCGCCACGAUUAGCAGCACCAUCCAGCCUCACUACUUCGAGUUCUUUAAACCCCGUUUCUACGAGUUGACGAAGCCUACCGCAGAGGACAUGGAGCAGUUUGAGGAGAACGUGAUCAAGGGUUUCGAACACGUGCUAGGAGACGGAAACUACGUGCUUGGUGAGAAACUCAGCCUCGCUGACCUCAGCUUCGUGGCUCACCUCACAAUUGUCCUCGAGGUUCCUUUCCUGAAUGCUGAUAAGUAUCCGAAACUGAAGGCCUACUACAACCGGCUAAAGGCACAACUGCCGUACUUCGAAGAGGUUAACCGGCAAGGAAUCUCCGACUUAAAUGCUUUGAGCGCCAGCCUGAAAUAGAAGCCUGCGACGCAAAUGUCGGCGUGUCUUUCUUAAUAAACACAUUCUAUCUCCUUUCAA